CCUUCAGCAGCGGAUUCUGGAGUCACAGUCUCAGAUUCUCUCUGGUCCCAGACGGUUUCAGCUGAACGGGUCCCCCUCACCCUCGUGUGCUCACUCCACUUGGUCCGUCAAGAUGAGGCACCUGGCAGUCAUCAUGGGCCUGCUACUGGUCCCCACGAUGGACUGUUUUGAGUUUGUAAUCGAGGGAGACUGGGAAAGCGACUCUCUCGCAGCAAACUCAGCAGAGGGACCAGGCAUCAAAUUCAAGAGAAGUGUACUCCCCAGUGAAGAAGAAGAAGCAGAGGAAGACUUUGAGGCUAUCGUUGGGGCUGCCCCAGUGACCGUCAAGAGCUACAAAGUGGAGAGCCGUAUCACGUCCCGGUUCGCCCACACGACGGUCAAGAGCAGUGUGGUGAACUCAGCUGAGCUGGCCCAGAGCAUCGCCUUCAAUGUGCAGAUCCCCAAACGUGCUUUCAUCAGCAACUUCACCAUGAAUGUGAAUGGGAUAACAUUUGUUGGAUCGGUGAAAGAGAAGAGUGUGGCCAGGAACCUCUACACCCAGGCCAAGGCCAGAGGCAAGGCUGCCGGCAUCGUGAGAUCCAACUCUUUGGAUAUGGAGACCUUUAAGACAGAGGUCCACGUGCCUGCAGGCAGUAAGAUUGAGUUUGAGCUGCACUACCAGGAAAUGAUGCAGCGGAAACUGGGAGUGUAUGAACAUGUCCUCCACCUGCAGCCUGGGCGUCUCGUACCUCAACUGCAGGUUGAUGUGUACGUCUUUGAGCCAAAAGGCAUCGCCUUUAUUGAAGCUCCCAACAAGCUGGGUGAACAAUUCACAGGAGUGACCAAAAUAACUCAGACUAAAGAGAAGGCACACGUGGUGUUCAAGCCCACUCUACAACAGCAGAGAAAGUGCUGGAACUGCACGACCAGCGGUGUGGAGGGAGUGUUCACCAUCAGAUACGAUGUGCAGAGAGACAACAAUGCUGGGGAGCUGCAGGUGUCUGACGGACAUUUUGUGCAGUUCUUUGCCCCUUCCAAUCUCGCACCUCUUCCAAAGAACAUUGUGUUUGUCAUUGAUGUGAGCGGCUCCAUGUGGGGACUGAAGAUGAAACAGACAGUGGAGGCUAUGAAGACCAUCCUGGAUGACCUCAGCAUUGAUGACUACUUCAGUAUCAUUGACUUCAACCACAAUGUGCGCUGUUGGAGCGAGGAGAUGGUGUCUGGGAGCAGCAUCCAGAUAGACGAGGCCAAGCAGUACAUCCAGGACAUCAAGCCCAGCGGAGGCACCAACAUUAAUGAGGCCAUCCUGAGAGCCAUACACGUGCUGACUAAAGCAUCCAACCAUGGGCUCCUCGACUCCCGCUCCGUCUCCAUGAUCCUUCUGGUGUCCGAUGGGGACCCCACUGUGGGUGAGAUCAAGCUGAGUGCCAUCCAGAAGAACAUUAAGCGUUACAUGCGCGAGGAAUUCUCUCUCUUUUCUCUCGGGAUUGGUUUCGAUGUGGAUUAUGACUUCCUGGAGCGCAUCGCGCUGGAGAACCGCGGGAUCGCCCAAAGGGUCUACGCCAAUCAGGACGCCUCUCAACAGCUGCAGAGCUUCUACAGCCAGGUUUCCUCCCCGCUCCUGAGAAAGAUUGCCAUCCAGUUCCCUGAGGACACGGUGACGGACCUCACCCAAAACCAGUUUGACAAGUUCUUCAGCGGCUCAGAGCUGGUGGUGGCUGGGAAGAUUCAGCAGGCUGACCUCACCACCCUGACCAGCUUCACCACGGCCUCUUCUUCGAGGAUGGAGCUAUCCCUCCAGACAGAGGCCGACUGCCAAAAACUGGACUCACUCCUUAUUCACCAGGUUCACUCCUUUGCUGGCUUUGCCAGGCAGAUGUGGGCUUACAUCACCGUCAACCAGCUGCUGGCUGAACGGUCUCUGGCCCCCACCGCAGCCAAGAAGAAGAAGAUCACACAGAAGAUCCUGGGCCUGGCGGUGGAGCACCAGUUUGUCACCCCGUUUACCGCUCUGCUAGUGGAGAGUGAAGGGGGGCUGGAGAGGGUGCUGGCUGAGUCUCCAAAGGACCGCAAACAGGGCUGCUGCUUAGGGACCGCUGCUCUGGGUGGAAAGACUCCUGUCCAGCUAAUCCACAGUGUGCCCCCCCCCUGGGCCCAAUUAACCACCAAGGCCCCUCCCGAGGUUAAGGGCGCUCCACCGGACCACAUCACCAUAGUUGACAAUGACCCCCACUUCAUCGUUCACCUCCCAAAGAGUAACAUGGACGUUUGCUUCAACAUUGACUCCGAGCCUGGACACAUACUGAACCUGGUGUCUGACACUGAAACAGGUGUUACGGUGAAUGGACAGCUCGUAGGAGCAAAGCAGAUGGUGGACAAGAAGCUCAGCACCUACUUCGGCACCAUCUCAGUGUCAUAUCAGCCUGAGGGAAUCAGAGUGGACGCCACCACUGAGAGCAUCGUCCUGAUCGACGGGAAGGGAAGCCACAACCUCUCCUGGGCAGCGACCGCCGAUGCCACCUUCAACAGAGUGAAAGUAUCCAUUGAGAAGGACUCCCGCAUGACAGUCACAGUGAAUGAGAACAUCACCAUAAUGGUCCUGCUCCACCGCGUGUGGAAAAAGAACCCAGUCGGUGUGGACUUCCUGGGAGUCUACAUUCCCAACAACAACGAGUACUCCUCCAGCGUGCAUGGGCUCAUAGGUCAGUUUUCUGUUGAACCCAAAGUGAAGGUGUACAACUUCCAUGAGGGUGCUGACCCCAUGAAGACAGAAGCCACCAUGGAAGUGAAUGGCAACAAACUGGCAGUCACAAGGGGCUGGCAGAAAGACUACAGGAAAGACAGGAAGCGUGGAUCGGAUGUUUUCUGCUGGUUUAUUCACAACAGUGGAAAGGGCUUCAUCGAGGGACAUUACAAGAACUACAUCGUUCCUCAACUGGACAGUUUCUACCAGCAACAGUGAAGAAAGUUCAGUGUGAAUAAUGCCUGAAACUGAGCCAGAAUUAAGUAAGAGGUGUUUGGGCACUGGGAUCUAAUGUUCUGAGGGACAGGAAGGGGUGACAUGCAUACAAAUGGACUGUGUAAAUGACACCACGCAAAUACUUUUCACGUGGACUCUGUAGGCGAUCCUUCAUUGGUUACCUCAAUAUCCUCAAUAUACAAACUAAUGCUGUCAGUCACAGCUGGAGUUUCUAUGAACUUGGACCACUGAAGUUAGGUCUGAAACAUGUGUAGCUUACAGAGGUUGCAAUUCGGCCCAACAAAAUAUUGAUAUCUACAAAAAAUGGAUACACACGCUUGCAGAACACCCCCUCCCUGACAACAAAAGAAGAAACUCCAGCUGACAGAUCUGUAUUUACUUUAACUGUACAAUAGAAAUUGCAUCUUCCUCUAAUUCCUCAGACCUAACCUUUCCCUAUCUUUCCCCAAUAAUUAUAGCAAACCGUUGCUGAUUAUUCUGGAUAUAAAUUUUAUUUGUUAGCGUGUAUUUCAAUUACAAUGCACAAUAAACGGUAAAAGACAA